GAAAGAAGAACUACUCUCAGCUUUGUCGAUGUACUUGGUCGAGAACUAUCGUCGGUUGUAAGACGCUGAGAACUCGAGGACCUCUUCAUCUCGGACCAGUUCGUUGAUCCAGUGGACAUGGAGGAACCGGAAGAGACCGAGGAUACCGCCAAUUCGUGCUCCAAAGCGGCGUCAGCAUCCUCGGCGUGCGGCAAGAGACACUGCACGGAAAUGCGCGCGGAGAAACCGGUGUAUCUUCGACAGAAAGAGAAAAUUAUAUACCCGCGGAAUACAAGGACGCUGGUAAAGACGGCAGUAAUUGGCGGGAAACCGAUCGAGGAGGAAACGUGCAUGGCCCUACGAACCUUGGUGUUCGGGAGUCCCGCCACUCCACCGAAACCAGAAUGGGCAAGGACCGGAUUAACCUUGCGACCGUACGGUCAAAACUUGGCGUUCGGGUUACGAUCGCCACGGAACACGACGAGAGGUCUCGUCACGGCCGUUCAGGCGAUCAUGCUGAAGCACUUUCUGUUCAAAUGCAACAGACAAGACGUCCGCGUGAAUCCAGAAAGCCUGCUGAAACCUUCGUACGACAGGCAAAUCGAUGUCCUGACAGCGGCGAUAGCCGAGAUCGUUUGGCGAUGCGCCGGCGGAUUCGUAGUGCAGAAUACUGGUUGCUCGCCAAGUCAAAGUGUCGCCGGAAACGCGAACGUGCCGAGGGCCGUGGUUGCCUUGCCUCAGGAAACACCCUAUUUGCAGCAUAGCGUGCAAUAUUUCCAGGAUGGACUGACCGAGACCCUGCACUUGUUCGAGUUCGACUCUCUGGACGAUCUCCAAAUAUUCAUCAAAAGAUACUUAUAUUUGUUCCAAGACGAGGGUGGUCCCGGUGCUCAGUUGCUGUUGUACAGCGCUUUACUUUCCAGAGAUCUUUCCAAAGUACGAACCGAUCUCGAAGACCCCAGAGCGUCGAUUUUAAGCGGCUGUCCCGAAGAAGGCCCACUCAGCGUCGUGAUGCUCUCGUUGACUGGUCGCGCCUCCCCUCAUCUUCACAACGGGGUGCUCCACGUGGGGGAUGAAAACACAUACGCUGUGCCGCAAUGGGGCGUCCUCGUGAGAAGCGAGAUUGGGUUCCUGGUGCACGAGGGCGACGGACAAGUGAGCAAGCAACCGGGUUCUCGGCUGAAAACCCCAAGUUUGCCAAUCUGGGUGACCUUGUGCCAUGGUCACCAUGGCGUCCUCUUCAACACGAACCGGGAAUUGCUUCGAAAUUAUCACGCUGAACGCCUCUUCGACGUUCAGUACUUUACUUGCGGCGGCAGUCAUGCUACUUUGACCGUGGACACGAGGUCGAAUUCAGGAAAUGAUUCAGAGUUCGAGGGUGCGAGCAAAGAGUGCAUGGACAUUGCUGCGACUCCGUUAGAAAAGCUUAUUCGUUCCAAAUGGCAAGACGCUUACGUACAAUGGAACGGAACACCCUUGAUGUGAAUGCCGAACUACUACGCGUCUCUAUAAACAUCAGACAAAUUGUAACUCGAAGUUUUACCGUUCGAUCGUUAUAGCACCUUUGUAAACGUU